ACCUAAAGAUUUUAAUGUUGGUGAUUUUGUAAUGGUUCGGGUUCACUCUAAGCAUGUCCUAAAGAAUGCUUCAAAAAAAAUUAUUUGCUAGAGCCAUUGGGCCUUACCCCAUUAUGCCAAAACUUGGAUCUAAAGCAUAUUUACCUGAUUCACCGAAUCAUUAUUCUACUAGUCUAGUUUUCAAUGUAAAAGAUUUGUUGCCUUAUAAAGGUAUGUUUGAGUCGCUUGCUUUGUCUUCUAGUAACAUUGUAGGUAUAGUUGCUCCUAAAGAGUCUCCUCUUGCACAUGGCUAUGAGGUAAAGAACCUCCUCUUGCACAUGGCUAUGAGGAGGCUAUCAAGGUUUUGGAUGAUCAAUUUAUUGGCUUUAAACAUGGAGAUUUCUGACGCUAUUUGGUGCAAUGGAAGGGAUGUCCACCCUCUGAUAAUUCUUGGUGAAUGAACAAGAACUUCUUGAUCUUGCUCUUACUCUCUUUGAAGAAUAUACGGCUUCUCCCUUUCCACAGUUAAGUUCUUUUCAACCAAGGGAGAAUGAUGGCGCACAGCCUAAUGGGUGCAAGUCCUUUAAGUAGUGUUAUUUUCAUGGAAAGUUUAAGAAUUAGUUAGUAGUUGUACUUAUUUAGUGCUUUUAAUAAUUUUAGAAACUUUAU